GUCCGCACCUGCGCGCAUGGAGGGCCCUGGCGCUGACGAUGCCCGCUGAGCCCGGCACCGCCCUGCACCCCGCGCCGUGAAGAUGAAUCUGUCCCUGGUCGACCCGUUUGUGCUCGCACAGGACUGCCCCGACGUGAUCACCGGCCGCCUUCGCAGCGGCCACUCCACCUCGAUCCGCUUCAGCCACCGCGGCGACCUGCUUGCCUCGGGCCGCCACGACGGCAUCGUCGUCAUCUUCGACAUCGAGACCAAUGGCGUCGCCCGCAAGCUGCGCGGCCACACGCGCCAGGUGCAGUCGCUGAGCUGGUCCACCAACGACCGCUACCUGCUCAGCACCGGCCAGGACUGGAAGUGCGUGCUGUGGGACCUGCAAGACGGCUCCCGCGUGCGCACCGUCCGCUUCGAUGCCGCCAUCUUCAUCGCCGAGCUGCACCCCAACAACCACAUGCUCUUCGUCGCCGCCCUCUUCGAAGACCAGCCCGUCAUCGUGGACAUGACCGAGCAGAUCCCCGUCAAGCAGCAGAUUCCCUCCGCGCCUCGCCGUUCCCAGGUCGAGCGCGACAACGCCACAGAGAAGCAGGCGGCGCAGGAUGCCAAACAGACCACCACCAUGACCCUCUUCACGCCCUCCGGCAAGCACAUCAUUGCCGGCACGAACAAGGGGUGGAUGAACAUCAUCGACACGGAAACACACGAGGUCAAAUACUCAUACAGGGUCACCAACAACAUCAUCGUGUACAUCCGUCUGACUCCCUCCGGACGCGACAUUGUCGUCAAUGCAAGCGACCGCAUAGUACGCACGCUGCAUCUGCCCGACUUCAGCGAUCCCAAACUCGACUUCGACACACUCCAGCUUGAAGUGGAGCACAGAUUCCAGGAUUUGGUGCAGAGACUCUCAUGGAACCACGUCUCCUUCAGCCCGAGCGGCGAAUACGUCACGGCGUCGACAUGGAUGAACCAUCACAUCUACGUCUGGGAGCGAGGACAAGGCAGUCUGGUCAAGAUCCUGGAAGGUACCAAGGAGGAGCUGUCUGUGGUGGAAUGGCACCCUCUACGACCCUUCGUUGCAGCCGUCGGCGUCGACUCCGGCCGCGUCUGGCUGUGGUCCAUCCUGCAGCCCCAGCGCUGGUCCGCCCUCGCACCCGACUUCGUCGAAGUCGAAGAGAACGUCGAAUACAUCGAGCGCGAGGACGAGUUCGACAUCCAGCCCCUCGAGGAGCUGCACAAGCGCCGCCUCGACCAGGAAGACGAGGAGGUCGACGUGCUCACCUUCGAAGUCAAGGGGUCAGCCGCCGACAGCGGAGCCAACGGCCAAGCCGAGUUCCUCAUGCCGGUUAUUCUGGACAUCGAGAACAGCGACAGCGAGGACGAGGUCGUUGCCAUCGGCGCCGGGCAGUUCCGACGCCGCAGCCCGGGCGCGGGACGCGAGUGGAUGAACGACGAUGAAGUCGCGGCCAGCGGCGACGAACGGCGGUCCAACGCUGCAGUGCAGAACGGCACCAAGCGACGCCGGGGUUAGCACGUCGAAAAAAGUCUUGAUAGAUAUUUGCAUGGCAUGGUCACAGCAUGGCUCAUUGGCUGGCAUGCCCCAGCGCCUCAACGCCCCAAAAGAGGGCAAUGUAUGUACACGAACCAAAACACACAAAACAUAUUCCAACCUAAACUCAAC